AUGGCGCUGGUGUCUCAAAAGUCAGCCAGUGCAAGGUUGGCGACCAGAGAAAUGAGCCCUGGGUACAGCCAAGGCAGUCAAUCGCACAGCCCGCCGCCGUCGCCACGACCACCCGGCCCUACGCAAGCGCCGUCGCAGGGGUCCUCCGAGGUCCUCGACGCGCCGGAGUCCAGGCUGCCCGCCGCGCUGCCUGAGGCGCCGUCACCGAGUCGGGAGUCGGGUCGUUGCCUGAACCCGCCCAAAAGAUUGGGAAGAAGACAGGUGGGAGAUGUGAGGGUUGCGCCACCAGGGGGCGCGCCAGCUCUCCUUCGUCGUGCCUGGGCGCCGAGCCGGCACACGCCUGGCCACACCUUCUGCCCCGCCCGUCACGUAUCGUCACACCUCUUGCUCCGUCCCACACGUCCCGCCUCCACUUCCGCUUUGAGAGAGUUGAUAACCUCGCAUUUCCGGGAGGUCCUCGUGGAGAGCGUCACCUUGGUCAAGAUGGAUUUUUCUGGCCCUGCUAAGCCGCUCUUGUCGCUGAACCCAGAGGAACAGGCCAAAUUUCAGAAGCAGGUGGCGCAGGCCCGCCGGCGCGCGACCCAGCAAGAAAAAUUAACUCCUGGAGUAGUAUAUGUGGGCCACUUACCCCGAGGCCUUUUUGAACCCCAAUUGAAGGCGUAUUUCUCCCAGUUUGGUACUGUUACACGACUCAGAUUGUCCAGAAGUAAAAAGACUGGAAAUAGUAAAGGCUAUGGCUUUGUGGAGUUUGAGUCUGAUGAUGUUGCCAAGAUAGUUGCUGAAACAAUGAACAACUACCUUUUUGGUGAAAGACUCUUGAAAUGCGAUUUGAUGCCAUCUGAGAAAGUACAUGAAAAACUUUUCAAAGACUGGGAUGUUCCCUUUAAAAAGCCAUCAAAUCCAGCAGUGAAACGGUAUAAUAAGAAACGGUCAACUGCAGAAAAGCUACGGAUGGAGAAGCGAUUCAAGAACAAAGAAAAAUUACUCAGGAAGAAGAUAGCUAAAAAAGGAAUAGUGUAUGAUUUUCCUCCAUUGAUUUUACCAAAAAAGAAAAAACAGAAUAUUUUGAACACUGAUCUUCGGAACUCUACAAAUACCCAGAUUUUACUUGUGACGAAGUAAAAGAUUUCAGGCACUCCUGAAAAGACUCUAGGUAACCUGGACUCUACACCAGUUUGUACACCAUCAUUUUUAGAGAGACGAAAAUCUGAAGUGGCGGAAAUGAAUGGUGAUGAUGAAGAUAAUGAGAUU